GUUAAUUCGUGCGUAUAAUGCAUGGUGUCAUUUAAAAAAAAUGUUCCAAUAAGCACGUGCUUGGCACAUAGUUAACGGUCUCAGUAUGUUAAGCAAACAAUGAGAACCAUUGAGAAGAUCCGGCGAGAAACUCAGUGGGCUGUGUGUAUGGAUUAGUUUAAUCGCAGAGUCCUUCCUCGCCAGUGACAGAUUCGACGGGAAAUUCGUGUCCCAAUGCAAUGCGCAUACAUGACUAUGAAACAGAUUAAAAAUACUGGAAAGAUGAUGAGAAAAUCAUGUCAACCUAAAAAUAAUGUCGAUGACGAAAAGAUAAACCCCAUCAAUGAUGGAGUUUUCAUAGAAGAAAAUGAAGUAAAGUGCUACAUUGCUUGUAUAAUGAAAAUGGCAAAUACGAUGAAGAAUGGAAAAUUAAAUUUUGAGGCUGCCAUGAAACAAGCCGAUCUGUUAUUGCCAGACGAAAUGAAAGAGCCAACAAAAGAAGCUAUAGUAGCAUGUCGAAAAGUCGCGGAUUCCUACAAAGACGUUUGCGAUGCAUCAUUUCACGUGACCAAAUGUAUCUACAACCAUAAUCCUAGUGUAUUUUUCUUUCCAUAAUUUUAGAAUAUUAAUGUUAUAUGUUCUUCGCAUUAAAAACGUAAUAAAGAUUAAAAUUU